AUGGUCAGUACAAGACGGACCGGGCGCGCGAUCGGUUGUGACGGCGAGCGGCGCGCGGGCAGUAAGGGCGAGGUCAGGAUGCGUGGCAGAGCAUCCAGGAUAGCAGCAGCAACGCCCACCGGGCCGAGGGUAUCAACAUCGGUGCUGGAUGAUCGACGACGACACCAGCGCGAGUGUCGCGCGUGCGGUAAUGUACACGAUGUAGUGACCUGCAAGUUUGCUCGCUACGUGUGUCGAGUGUGCAAUAAACAAGGGCAUUUACAAAGGAUGUGUCCUUAUCUAGCAGGACAACACAGCCUCGACGUGGUGCAGAGUGAGACUGACAGUUUAUUAAACAGUGAAGGAAGUGACGAGGUAAUGGUUUGCAUUAAUCAAUUAAGCGUUAGUCAUUACAAACCAUUGUUUAUAUCAUUAACAGUACACGGUAGGGAUGUUCAAAUGGAAUGUGAUACAGGCAGUGCCGUUUCAUGUAUUAGCUACGAGUUAUAUAAACAACAAUUCAGUAACCUAAAACUGAAUAUGUGUCCUUUGUUGCUAAGGUACUAUACGGGUGAACAAGUGAAACCUGUAGGUGUGAUAAGGCCUUUAGUAAAGUACAAAGAUAAAGAAAAGCAUCUAGAUUUAUAUGUUAUUAAAAAUGGUAAAAGUAUAUUGUUAGGCAGACAAUGGUUGGCAGAACUCAAUAUACAGUUACCCCCAUUUGGAAGCUUAAACUGUUUAUCGAAUGAUGUUUUUAACUUAAACGAUUUCAAUUCCAGAUAUUGUAAGGUGUUCGCGGACGGCCUGGGACGGUUCACUGGGCCGCCGGUGAGCAUCCGUGUGCGGGAGGGAGCGCAGCCCGUGUUCAUGCGAGCGCGUCCGCUGGCUUAUGCGUUGCGUGCACCCGUGGAGCGCGCACUCGAGCAGCUGGUGGCGGACGGUAUUCUCACACCCGUCGACCGCUCCGACUGGGCGACUCCCAUUGUGCCCGUAGUGAAAAAAGACGGUAACAUUAGGAUUUGCGCCGAUUAUAAGUUAACUUUAAAUAAAGUUAUAGAAGUCGACCGUUAUCCUUUGCCUAGAGUAGAAGACUUACUGGUACGUUUACAAGGGGGGCAGAGGUUCAGUAAAAUUGACCUUUCACAAGCUUACGCACAAUUUGUACUUGACGAAUCUGCCAAAUAUACGGUGAUCAACACACAUAAAGGUUUGUUUAGGUAUAAUCGCUUAGUAUACGGCUUAUCAUCAAGCCCUGGCAUUUUUCAAAAACAUUUAGAGCAAUUAUUUAAUCUACCGUAUGUAGGCGUAUUUUUGGACGAUAUAAUUAUUACAGGGCGCAACACAGAGGAGCAUAUUAGUAAUUUACAUAAAGUAUUUGACCGUUUGCAGUCGUACGGACUUCGAGUUAAAAAGGAAAAGUGUGUAUUUUUUGCUGAAUCAGUCAAUUACUUAGGUUAUGUAAUUAGUAAGGAUGGUAUUCACACUUGUCCGGAUAAGAUUAAGGCAAUAGUAGACACUCCCGUUCCUACGAACGUGUCUGAGUUAAGGGCCUAUAUAGGAAUGAUAAUGUAUUAUGCAAAAUUCGUAAAAAAUAUCAGCACUAUUCUCGCACCCUUAUAUAAUUUAUUGCGUACGGGAAUAAAAUUUGAUUGGUGUGACGAUUGUCAAAGAGCCUUUAAAAAGGUAAAAGAACUAUUGAGUUCUAGUAAAAUUCUAAUGCAUUACUCUAGCGAUUUGCCUAUUGUGCUGACGUGUGAUGCGAGUAGCGUGGGUGUAGGUGCAGUGAUCUCGCACCUGACGCCAGAGGGCGAGCGGCCGGUGGCGUAUGCGUCGCGCUCGCUCACGGCUGCAGAGCGAGCCUACUCGCAGAUCGAUCGGGAGGCGCUCGCUAUUGUGUUCGGUGUAAGAAAAUAUCAUCAGUAUCUUUAUGGGCGAAAAUUCAUAUUGCGUACGGACCAUAAACCGUUAACACACAUAUUCGGUAAAAAAACGGGAAUACCGGUUAUGGCCGCUUCACGUAUCCAACGUUGGGCCGUACUUUUAUCUGGUUACGACUACAAUAUCGAAUACGUAACGUCUAAUAAAAAUUGCGCCGAUGGUUUAUCAAGAUUACCAAUUUCUUCUAAUAAUAAAAAAACGAUAAAUAGAGAAAUUACUUAUAUUAACUUCGUUGAAAAUUUUUUACCGGUUACUAAUGAGGAUGUUACGAAGGCGACUUCAAAGGAUAUUAUUCUUAGUAGAAUUUUCGCCUAUUUCAAAUCGGGUUGGCCGACAGUUUGCCCUGGUGAAGAGGUUAAACCUUAUUUUGUUAGGCGCAAUGAACUAUAUUUAGAUAACGGGUCGAUUAUGUGGGGGUAUAGAAUGGUAAUACCUUCAUAUUUACGUCCAAUUAUUUUAAAACAACUACACAGCAGCCACAUGGGUAUUGUGAAAACUAAGGGGCUGGCACGGAGUUAUGUGUGGUGGCCGAACAUCGAUGCGGAUGUGGAAGCGCUAUGCCGAAGCUGCGAGACCUGCGCCUCUGAGGCGGACGCCCCGCCGCGCGCGCCUCCUAACCCCUGGUCCUACUUGCCUCCCUGGUCUAGAGUUCACAUAGACUUCCUAGGACCGUAUAAAGGUAAAACUUAUUUAGUUUUAAUAGAUUCGAGCUCGAAAUGGCUUGAAAUUAUUGAAGUAGCGCGAACGAAUGCGACUUCCAUUGUUAAGGUGCUGAGGUCAAUAUUUGCAAGAUUCGGUUUGCCCUUAGAACUAGUGUCUGACCAGGGACCGCCUUUCACAAGUAUUGAAUUUAAAAGUUUUUUGAAAAAUAAUGGCAUUCAGCAAAGGUUUUCACCGGCGUACCACCCUGCAUCUAAUGGGGCAGCGGAAAAUGCUGUUAAGCUGUGUAAGAGGGCAAUUAAAAAGGCUUAUAGGGAUGACGUAGAUAUUGAUACCGCCCUACAAACCUUUUUACUAAGCUAUUGCAACAGUAAGCAAAGCACCACGGGUGAGAGCCCAGCGAUGCUGCUGCAGCGACGUUCCUUGCGUUCACGGUUGGAUUUACUUCGCGGUGAGUACGUGGUGCAAGCGCGUGUGCUCGAUGCUCAGCAGCGUCAAGUCGAAUAUGCGGGUGGUGUUCCGCGUAAUUUCUCUUUGGGAGACACCGUCUGGAGUAGGGACUACGGCACCCGGGAUAAAUGGGUCAAGGGCACGGUAGCCCAGAAAGAAGGUUCUGGAAGAUACGUUCUCGACAAUGGUGACGGUCGACUUAUUAAAAGACAUAUUGAUCAAAUAAGACGUAGGUCGUGCUUAUCCGAUGUUACCUGUCCAGAUAUCACUAAUGAGGUCGAUGAAAAGGAUGAGGAUGAGUUUGCAGAUGCGUCUUCAGAGUUGCAAACGGAGGUGGCGGUUUCGGCUGGAAAAGAUGACGUGGAUACCGAGCACGUGGCAGAUACGCAAUGUCCCAGCGAGACUGUACCAGGCCCCGCCACUCCUCCACAACCACCGCCACCGUCGCGGCCAGUGACCCGUUCCAGGCGAAUCCGAAAACCCGUAAUUAAAUUCCAAUGUUAG